AUGGUGCAGGGAGGCAUGAGGACAGCAGAUGUGGCCAGGGCAAUACACUGCAAUGUCCCUACUGUGAUACGCCUAAGACAGCGCUACAGGGAGACAGGAAGCACAGCUGAUCGUCCUCAGGACAGUGAAUUGCUUGGUACACAGGAGAGGUGGCCCUGGCUGCUUGGUUUCAAUGGUUUUGCAGCGUUACUCCAGCUCUCCACUGUGCCUUUCCUGCCGUCUCCCAGCUUCCUGUUGCUGUACAGGGGAAGCCGCCACGGCUGCGAGAAAGCUCUAAGGAGGCUAUGGGGCAACAAGGGCUACAGCAGGGAUGUAGCGGAGAUGUUGGAGGAGAAAGCUGCCUUGCAGAGCAUUCACAGCCACUUAGUGAUGGAGCUGAUUCAAAACCAAGCACUCCGCUGGCAGUUCGUCACCAUCAUCAUUAUCUCCGUCACAAUGCAGUUCUGUGGAAUCAUCAGCUUAAAUCAGUACUUCUACUUUUACCAGAGCCUACAUACGGCAGGAGCCCAAGAACAACAGUUACCUUACGCCACCAUGGGAAUAGCUGAGGUGUCCACCUCUGUAGCCUGUUUCAUGAUGAUUGAGAAUACAGGUAAAACGGUCCUGCUGUUCAGAGGAUACAUGACAAUGUUUGCAAUACUGAUCCUCCUCACCAUCACUCUGCACCUGCAAAGUUGGGUCUCCUGGAUGCCGAACUGCCGCAUAGUCCUCAUUUUCUUCUUCAUUUUCUUUUUUGCCGGUGGACUAGCUGGAGCAUCAGAAAUGUUAGCUCAGUCGUUCAAAUCAGCAGGAAACACCCUUGGCUGCACUCUCAACUGGAUAAGCAUGUUUUUGCUGGGAGUGCUCUUCCCUUUCAUAGGGGAGACAAUGCAUUACUUUUGUUUUCUCAUAUUCCUGUUUGUCUGCGCUGCCAGUGGGCUGUACGUAAAGUUCAAUGUCCCUGAGACCAAGAAUCUGACAGCGUUGGAGAUUGCUGCGUUUCAGAGGAUGCACUGUAAAUCUGGAGGAUCACAUAAGAAAAAAUCCCCUGAACAGAAACUAGACGGAAACCCAACAGAUGAGCUUGUGAUCAUAUUUACCGAGUGGUGA